AUGGGAAACCUUGCGGGAGUCAUCGCCAUCCUCUCGGUGGUGUUCCGGCCAUCUCUGGUGGUGCCACACGUCCAAGUUCCCGACAUCCGCCAUCUCGACUGGGAAUCACUUCACGCCAACGGCGUGCGCUACCUCGUAUUCGACAAGGACAACUGUCUCACUGCACCCCACUCCGACGUCCUCGAGCCAUCGAUCACCGACGCCUGGCAGCAAUGUCAACGCGUGUUCGGUCGCGAAAACAUCCUCAUCGUUAGCAACUCAAGCGGUUCCUCCGACGACCCUUCCGGAUUAGGUGCCGAAUCGCUAAGUCGAUCGCUCAACGUUCCCGUGCUGUGUCACAAGCACAAGAAGCCGGCGAAGGGUUGUGCAAGGGAAGCGCUCGAGUACUUUGUUGCGCUGUCGCAUGAUCGGGAGACGACGUUGGCGCAGGCGCAACACAUGCCUCCCGGAUCUGCGUCGAUUGAGGCUGGACCUAGUCGAGAGAGCAAAAAGUAUGUCAGGGAGAGGAUGAAGAUCAUCAGUACGCAGGUGCCAGCGGAUGGAAGCGGAUGCGGAAGUGUUUUGUUGGUGGGUGAUCGAACGAUGACGGACGUUGUGGUUGCACAUCGCAUGAACGACGAGCUGUCUCGCAGAAGGAGCAGGCUUGGCUUGGAUCAACAGCAGUCGGUUGCUGAAGCGUCGACAUCUAUACCGCCCGCACAGUGCAUCUCUGUCCUGACGACAGGUAUCUGGGCGUACGAAGGCCGACUCAAUGCCAUGAUGCGCAAGCUCGAAGCGCGGGUCACGUCCUACCUCAUCGCCAAAGGGUGCCAGCCUGGCCAAGCCGGAUUGCUUUCACUACGCAAGUCUGCUCCAACCCGUCAGGUCGACUGGCUGAAGAUCGCCGAUGCGCCCUUUGAGGAGCCAAAACCUCUCAUCACAAGUCCUGCGGAACACAGCGAAGCUCGGUUCACCUACACUGGUGAUCGCCUACCUCCAGCGUCCCCUGUGGAACCUACGCUCGGUGCCAUUCUGAUCGCAACGGUUGUACGACCACUGCCACCGGCGUUUGCCUCGGCAUUCGCGAGGAUACUGGCCAGCAAACCGAUCGUGUGGAUCUCGACCAAUCUGCGCGACGGCUGGAAUGUGAUGAUUCGAGGACUCGAAUUUAGCAUUCGUGAAGCAGGCAUACAAGCACGUCCUCGGGACAGCAGACAGAUCACACCACUCGCCAAUGAGGCUUCUUCCUUGUCGACGCAGUCCAGACUACAACUCGAUGAAAUAGCACCGAGGAGCAGAGCAGAUGUCAGGAAGGAAGAGGGCUCGGCCACACUCACCAGCUAUCUCGAAUCGCGGCUCCCGCCACUUCCCAUCAAUGCUCUGCCGGCAAUGACGCGCGCGACCCAGCAACUACGCAACCGUCUCAGCAGCUCAACAUCGCACCACUUCUCCGCGCAAUCUUUCCUCCAACGCAAAUCCAUUUCUGCUCCGACCACCACCACUGCACCACGAUCGUUUUCUACAUCUCGCACCCUCCCUCAGCAGCAAAUCCCACCCAUGUCUGGCGCACCCAAACCUCGCGUACCCAUGCGUAACUGGAUCGCCGCGUUCUCCGCCCUCGUCAUCGUACCCGGUAGCUACUACCUCGGAAUGCGACUGCACGACCUCAAGGAUUCCAAAGACAUCGACCCGGGUGCUGCGCUUCCAGCUACUCCGGCGUCGGCUUCGACGAUGCACGAUCGACACGCUGCGCAAGAUGCCCAGCUGGUCCGUGAAGCAGCAGCGGACGAGGCUGCUUCAAAAGCACUAGCAAAGGCGCAGGCGGAGAGGAAGAGGGAACUCGAAUUGACACUGUUCCAUCUGGUACGCGAGAGGGAGGAUGUGCUUGAUAAGCUGGACAGAGUUCAUCAGCGAAGAACCGAUUCAUCACAGUAA